AUGCACGUUCUCGCCGAUCCGUUCGAUGACGACUUCGAGUCUCUUCCGCUCGCCGUGCGGAGAAAGUUUUUCUCAAAUCUCGAGCGCUUCCGCCUGGAACGGACUCGACUAGCCCAAGGCCACCAGCACAAGCACAACCACCAGCUCCCCUACGCUAAGCGCCCUCUGCGUGGCCACCACGCGCGCGCUCGGACGGUUGCGAUAAGCAGUCCGUUCUCUUCUUCCCGGCCUCGCAGUCAGCAGCUCCGUAAAGGCUCGCCCCGUCGGAACCACAAUGGCCUCUUCCUAGACCACGAGUCCUGGCAAUGCUUCCAUUCCCUGCCGCCCAAGAUCCAGCAAUCGCAUUUUUCCAAGGAGGAGCAGCGUCUCCUCCAGCAAGCCACCCCGGCCACCGACAUUGUCGACGCUGCUGACCGCGCUGUCUUGAAAUUCGAGCGAGCCCGCCGUCGUGCUGCUUCCGCCGCCGCCCUCAACGACACGUCUGCUCGCCGCAUUGCCAAUCGCCGACGCUCUGCCACCUCGUCUAUCAUCGUGCCAUCCUCCAUGUCGUCUUCUUCGACCGACCUGCCGGACUCGGCAAUCGAGAUGGACGAAUCCAUUCUCAACAGCUUCCGCUGGCUAGAUGAAGAUGACCUCGACCUCUCCCUCGACAACUACCACAGACAUGUUGCCGAGACGGCGCUUCCCUCGCGCCGGACAUCUCCAUCAUCAACCCCGAACCGAAUGCCUUCUUUCCGACGGACAAUGUCCUUUACCAGGAACCGCAAUCCCACUUCAGGGGCUGGCCACCGCACUGUCACCAGCCAGUCUGCUACCACACCCUUUUCUGAUCAGCCCAAUCGCCCCAUUCCUUCUCGUCACAUCUCUCACCGCUCUACUUCCUCCAUCGACCCAGCAGCCCAAUACUAUCAAGACCCGGAAGCCCGUCUCAAACUUCGUGUGUACCUCGCCUCUCCCCAGAAAUUCGAUGAAGCCAUCGAAUUCGGCUUUCCGUCUCUCGAAGACAAAGAGAACAACUCGACUCCGACACAGACGUCGAAUGACUCGAACAAACGAGUCUCUCAGAUUUCCCAAUCUACCCAGAGCGGCUGGACAUUCUUCGACGAUGAGACAACCUCAUUCGACCUCGAUUUCUUCAGCGGUGCAUUGGGCCAUAACAGAGAAGCUACUACACACCUUCGCAAAGUCUCGACCGAGGUUCGACGGCCACAGCCGCUACAGCCGCUGCAGUCGGGAAAUGCUACCGGCCGGCGCCGUGAAAUGACGUUGAAAAUGACGCUCACAAGGCCCGACUUGCGAACGGCAGACCAGACUGAUAUCGACGACCCUCUUCGUCUAGCCGACCUUCCACCUGCAGAUGAAACUGUCAAUGUGUGGGACGACCUGCCGGAACCACAAGGCGUGGUGAAGAAGAUGUGGCGUCGAAUCCGCGGCCGGUGA